AUGAACUGGAUCCCCAACGUGCAGAAGCGGGCGUUUCACUACGUGCUGAACCGCCUGGCGCUGUUUUCGGACCUGGAGCUCGACAAUAUGGACAUUUCGCUAGGGACGGCGCAGAAGGCGGCGCUAACUAACGUCAAACUCGAUCCCGACCGUGUCAGUCUUCCAGCAGGCAUGUACAUGCGCUCUGGAAAGAUCGACGAGGUGUCGGUGGAGAUGCGGCUUUUGGGGGGCGCGGGAAUUGCCGUCAAGAUCGAUGGCGUGCAUAUCACGGCAUCCAUGAAACAGAUGGACGUGGAGACCGCCACCGAGCACGUGGAGGAGUUUCUGGAAAGGACGACGGCUGAUCUGGCGGCAUCAAUCCUGUCGGAAGACCUGUCCGCGUCACUACAGAUCGAUCCAGCAGAAGAGCCACCACUGCUGGGCAUGGGCGGGUCAGGAAUCAGUGAGGCACUAGUCAAAAAGGUGACACAGACAGUGCUAAGUCAACUGACAGUGGAUGUCACAAACGUGCACGUGACGCUAUUUGUGGCUGCAGACGACAAAAUGGAUCUAGUUGUGGACGAGGUCAGACUGAGACCACAAGGAGGACAGGAGAUGGCCCUGGAAGUGAGGGGAGUCAAGAUGAAGGUAAUGGACAAGAAGGCUCGAGGCACAAGCGCCCCGGUAACAGCAGGAUCCACAGCACAUGCAACAACAGGGUUCACCUCAGAAUCAGAUUCAGAUUCAGACACAGACCCGUUCUCAAAUGCAAAGAAGUCUCUCCUUCAAUCAACCAUUUUUUCGCAUGAGGAGGCCAGCAGCAUUUACAUGAGUGCGAUAGCCGAGUCUGCCAAUCUCGGAUUUGAGUCUGACCCACUCUUUGGGGUGUUUUACGUCGACACUAUUGACGUUCUGGUUUUCCUAGGAGAGGAAAUGAGAGUCAGUUGUGAGGUCGGUAUUGUCAGAGCCAGUCUCGACCUGUUGCCGACUGUGAUUCUAUCAUUGGUUAAGGUGGGAAAUGGUGGAAGUGGUGGUAAGAAGUCUCGUGAUUCAGAAACAAAAGAGGGGACUGCUAUGGACUUGAAUAUGAGCAUCAAGUCGAUUUCGGCAUCGAUUUGCCAGUUGGGUGACGACUGGGAGUUUAAGAACAUUGACACAAAUCUGCUUUUCUCUCUCUCCGAUAUUUCUGGAUCGUCUGGAGCUUUCCACAAGCUCCAGAUUGGUGUUUGUGAGGUGAAGAGGGGCUCUACUCGAGUGUUUGGCUUCGAAAGCGACGAGAAGAACACAGACGAUGAGGAACCCACACCACGAGAUUCCGAUAUUCUCCUCAAAGCCUCUUCGGCUUCUUUCACGUUGGUUCUACCCAAGAAGGCUGUUGGCGUGUUUACCAUCCCUGAUCUCAUCGACGUGGUUAGCUUGAUUACUUAUCUCUUGUCGUUAAUUGAGUCCAAGCAGCAGAAGGCGGCAACUAUGACUGAACGUAGUGAAAGGGCCGGCGCAUCGAAGACUACUGUUCAAACCAACACUUUUGAUUUCGACGUCGCCGGACACAAGCUGUACAUUUUGCCUAUUCGACUAUCUAACGGCCAGAUGUCACUAUCACGUGUUUCGUUCGGCGAUGUUCAUGUCAAGGGAAUUUCGUUUGAGAAUUCUAUCGUGUCGGUUGACAAGGUGGAUUUUGAUAUUGGUCUGCCGAUCGUUGAGGAGCUCCACCAGCUACUUCUACCUAUCAUCGAUGCGAUGAACAGUGCAAAGAACCGACCAGUUCCCGCAUCAGUACAGACCGCACCCCCCAAGCUGCUUCGGAUCGUCGAGGAGCCUGUGAAUGCCUCCUCUCUAGUCAUCAAUGUGGCGAGGGUGAAAGGAAAGGUUGAUCUAGGUGGAAAAGUCGGGGUCAUUGAGGUAGUUCUAGGUGGGAUUUCUGUUACUGGACCUACUGACAGGAUUGAGAUCUCCACCGUCGAAAUCGGAAGAGAUUUGAGCGAUCUGGGAUUAUCAAAGAAGUGGCUUCUGCAUCCGCUUAAAAGAGAAAGUAAUGUUGUGGUGGAGCUCUCCAGCGGUCAGAUUCAGCUCAUUACGGUGAAGAACUGUGCACUUGAGUUUUACACUGAGCUACUGGAGCUAUUUGGAGGUAAAGGUGAUGACACCAAGGCAGCUGAGUUGCAAGAGUCAUCUUCACCAGACUCGAGUUCACGUGAGUCCUCCUCUGGCUCGGAAUCACCUCCUAAAAGAAUUCCUUUGCAGAUUCACAACUGCGCCGUUGGACUGAAUCCUACAAACUCAUCUUCCUCAGCCCAGUUCAUUGUCAAGCAUGUGACAUGUGAAAUCAAACCAUCACCCACUUUCUCCAUGACGUCUUUCAUUGGAUCAGCAUCUCUUCUUUUGAUUGAUGAUGCAUCACUGGUUACACCUAAUCCUACGGAUCUGAUGUCUUCCUACCUCGAACAGUACACCUCUGUUGCUAGCUUGACUGCUACGUCUAUCUCCAUUUCUACUUCGCCUGGUAACCCCACCUGCAUCAAUAUCAAUGGAGAUACAGUCACACUGAGCACUUGCGCAGAUUCUACACAGACUCUUAUCCAUCUGAUCAACAGUCUGAAGCCGGCUGUUGAAUUGAGCGGUGCCAAGUUCCAGCUGGAGACUCUGGACCCGUUUCUCAACACAUUCCAAGACGUGGAUGACUGCUUCUUCAAGGCGAAAAACAAAGACGCGUGUGAAUCGUCUUGUUCCUCUGAUAAUGACGACAUUGAUAUGGUGUCAGACGAUGUUCCCAACAACAUGUCUUUUGUAGAGAGUUAUUAUGGGGGUGACAAGCCGAGUCAGAGUCGAAAGAGUGGACGUCAAAAGAUGGCUGAAAGCUACACUCAUGCUGAUUUCCUCCUUGAUUCCGAUCUGGAUAGUCUGGUGAAGAGGGAGAGAGUCCGGUUCGAGGAGAUCUGCUUUGAAGAGGAUUAUUUCGAUAAAGAGGAGGAAGACAUGCCCGUCAUGAGCCGUCCUCGUGCAUCUUCUCAUGAUCUAGCUUCUUCAAAUGAGCUACUCACACCGCCCACGGUGGUUAUCAACAUUGACUUGAUUCACAACAUUGUCUGCAACUUUCAUGACGGUUACGACUGGCAGUACACACGAAAUGAAAUCAAUGGAGCUGUCGACGGCCUCAAAAAACGCAUGAAGGAGCGUCCAGUGGUAGAAGAGCCACCCGUAAUGACCACCGACCUACUCUUCAACUCAAUCUACAUUCAGGCAAAGGACGAAGACGAUCUGGAUGAUGUUGUCGGGGAACAGACUGAGCCAGCCAAACCGAAGGAGGCCAAUAAAUCGCGACGUGGACUUCUUUCUCGGUCAAGUAAUCCCCUAGUCCAGGUCUGGCUCCAAGGAAUUGCAUGUCUUCUUACUGUCUAUGCUGGUCUUGAAGACCCCGAUCUUCCUCCUGGCCAGGUUCUCAACUCUCUGGAUGUUAAAAUCAAGGACGUGGAAAUCAUUGACCAUGUGCCAACGUCUACGUGGAACAAAUUCCUGACGUACAUGCGAUCACGUGGAGAACGAGAAGCAGGCGCAGUCAUGGCUCACAUCACCAUGCAAAACGUGAAACCUGUUUCUACACUGUCUUCCCAAGAGGUGAUUUGUCACGUGACCAUUUUGCCUCUCCGGCUCCAUGUGGAUCAGGACACGCUUGACUUUUUGACCCGGUUCUUCAACUUCAAGGAUGUGCGUACCACUGCUCCCCCAGAUGAAACGUUCAUUCAAAAGUUUGAUAUUCGUGAUGUGCCUGUCAAGCUCGACUACAAACCUAAGAAAGUGGAUUAUUCGGGUCUCAAGUCCGGCAAAUCGACCGAGCUUAUGAACUUUUUCAUCCUGGACGAGUCGGACAUGGUGCUUCGGCGCAUCAAGCUGCGUGGUAUCACCGGGUUUGCUAAUCUUGGCCAGAAGCUGAACGAUAUCUGGAUGCCAGACGUACGACGAACGCAAUUACCAGGAGUUCUGGCCGGUGUGGCUCCUGUUCGUCCCCUUGUGAACCUCGGAGGUGGAAUCCGCAACCUCAUUGUUGUACCUGUUCGAGAGUACAAGAAGGAUGGACGGGUGGUUCGUUCACUCAACCAAGGAGCAUAUGCAUUUGCCAAGACGACCACCAACGAGCUGGUACGGUUUGGAGCAAAAUUGGCGGUUGGUACGCAGAAUUUACUGGAGGGUGUGGUGAGUACAGAACGAGCGGGCGAGUCUCGUGAUUUGGACGACUCGGAUCUCGAGUCCACAACCAAGUACUACACUUACAUGGGCUACUCCGACUCCAACAACAAGCUUAUUUCUCUAUAUGCCAAUCAGCCCUUGGGUGUGUAUGCUGGUCUUCAGGAUGCAUACUCUUCGUUCGGCAAGCAUAUGAAUGUGGCCAAGACCGCCAUUCACAAUCUGAGUGAAGACAUAUCUGAGGCAGACACGGCCGGAGCAGCCGCCUACGCAGUGGUCAAGGCUGCCCCCGUGGCUUUGAUCCGUCCUAUAAUCGGAACUACGGAGGCAGUUUCCAAGACGCUGUUUGGAGUGGCCAAUGAGAUGGAUCCCAGUGGUCGAGAGCUUGCCCGCGAUAAGUAUAAGGAGGCAAACUAG